AUGAAGCACAAGUACAUUGACAACGUUGCGUCGAAGUGGACUGUGGAGCUCCUAAAGACCAGUGGACAUCGCUUCAAGAACUUCCCUGCUGCGAUGUACGCUGUUGAUAUCACCUUUCAGCAAUCCAAGGCACCUGGAGGGUCCAUUGUGGAGAAGAAGCUGUACUUUAGCAAAAAGCACGGCCACUAUGGAUUCAAGGAGGAAGUCAGUGUGCUGCCCAACGGUGCCAUCAACAUUACCACUGCGCCCCCCAGAAGCAUUGUAAUCUGUGAGUCCUACAUCGACUUCCACGUGGAGAAACUUGAGAAGACCUCUAACGAAGAGUCGAUGCUUGAUGCUGUCCCACUGGUGACCGACUAUCCUACAGCUUGGGCGAUUUUGGCCGACAAGGGAUACCAAGGAUUGCACCGACGUGCUCGUGCGAUUACUCCGGCGAAGAAGCCAGCUGGCGGCAUGCUGUCCCAUGCUGAACUUGUCCAAAAUGACAAUAUCGCGAGCGACCGUAUCAUUGUGGCGAACAUUUUUGGCCGUCUCAAUACGUUGUGGUCCAUUGGCGGCGACAAAUAUGCAUGGAAGCGGGAGACCUAUGGUAUGUUCUUUCAGGCCUGUACUGCCCCCAACGAGCCCCAGCGCCUCACGUGCCUCGCCGACCUGCAGACCCUCCGCCCCACCGCCGCGAACAAAAUCCCGGUGCUGGUUGUUGACCGAGCAGAACGUUGCCGCAACAUCCCCCAGCACUCAGACGUCUAA